AUGAAAAGGUUCUCACUUAAGUUUAUGAUUUUUAUGUUAUUGAGUACGUUCACUGUUUUAUAUUUAUAUUCUAAAGUUAGCAGUAGCAAUAAAUAUGCUGUUAACGAGCGGCCUGUGCCUUCAAAGGCUUCUAUUAGCAAUGAACCUACACAGAUAGAGAAGGUUGUACUGUCUUUCGUAGUAUGUGACUCGAGAUUCAACGAAUCCUUGAACGUGGUUAAGUCCGUGUUACUGUUUACAAGAGUUCACGUACACUUCGUAAUAUUCGCUGAUGACAAUUUAAGACCAAAGUUCGAUGAAACUUUAACAAAAUGGAAGCAAAUUACAAAUAACCAGCUGGAUUUUGAGCUUCAUAGAGUAAGCUUUCCACAAGAACAUGAGCAAGAUUGGAUGAACCUAUUUAGCAAAUGUGCAGCUCAACGAUUAUUUAUUCCUGAACUGAUACCUGACACAGAUGCUAUGAUAUAUGUGGACACAGACACCCUGUUCCUGGGACCUGUAGAGGAGCUGUGGCAGUACUUCACACAGUUCAAUUCCUCACAGAUGUCUGCAAUGUCCCUUGAAGACGACAACCCUAAUGUGUCUUGGUAUCCGAGAUUUGCGAAACAUCCAUUUUAUGGCAAAUUUGGCCUCAACUCUGGUGUGAUGUUAAUGAACUUGACAAGAAUGCGAACAUUUGGCUGGGUAGAAUAUGUCACUCCAAUAAUGUUGAAAUGGAAGCUCUAUAUACCUUGGGGUGAUCAGGACAUAAUAAAUAUAAUAUUUCAUUACCACGAGCGUGCAGUGCACGUGUUGUCGUGCAGGUACAACUACCGCACUGACCAGUGUAUGUACGGUGACGCCUGUGCCGACGCUACUGACCGCGGUAUUUUUCUGCUGCACGGCAGUCGGAGAGCAUUUCAUAAUAAUAAGCAACCAGCCUUUCAGGCAAUAUAUCGUGCGAUAGAUGAGUACGAGAUCGGGACGGAUCCUUCGAAGUAUGUACUUACAAACAUGGACAGGUAUUUCACCGAGGCGUCCCCCUCCAACUGCGGCAACUUGAAGGAAGCUUUCCUUAAAGUUCCAACAAAGACAUUCAGCCAUUUAUAUCCUCCACCCGACAGAUAGCGCCACAUCGUUGCAUAAGGAUACGAUGAAACAUAUCAGGGUUUUAUUUCAUAUUACUUAUAUACCAUUUAUUAUGUAGCUAGCCUUGCAUUAAUAAGACAACAAAGUAUUUUUUUUUGUUAUAAACAAUUAUUUAUGAAAAGCGCCCAUUUCGUAAGAGUAUAACUUUAUAGUUUUAGCUGUUUUCUUAGUAGUUUUAACAAAUGUUAAAUGAAUGUAAUACCGAUAGUAUUAUUAAGUAAGAGUAAACCUGAGCUGGACAUGACCACAUAAUUAUGGUAAUUAUGAUCAUAAGUUUUCUAACAAAAUCAGUGAAAAGUAAGUACGAUUUAUGUGUUCACUUCUGCCUUUGUAUAUUGUUUACUAAAUAUAGAGUUUUGCUACAUGGAGAAACAUAAUUAUUAGUCGAUACAUGUACCGGCCAUUACAAUAUCUAGCAUUACAGUAAUGAGUUAAAUAUUAGUAAUACUCAAUUCCAGUUCUUGUGUGACAGAUACUAUGAAAUCCAGAUAAAUGUAAUAUGAUAGAAUUAGAAAUAAAAUAUCUGUGUAUGGGGUUCUGGACUCAUGAGUAUGAGCAUGUGUGACAGGCGUGAUAAGGCUUGGAACAACAAAUCAUUGACCGCACAAAGUAGCUGAUAAGAUUAGGAGAUGUGUUAUUAAUAUAUACCUAAUGUCACAAUACAAGUGAUAAAUAAUAUUUGUCUAUAUAACUUUUGUUUAUUAGGUUUUAAGAUAGCUCUCUAUGUAAGGUAUCUCACUGUAACCCUCAUAGUUGUAUAGUUUGGAUAAGUAAAUGUAAAAUGCAGAAUUCCAAAACACAUUUUCAUAUAAAAUGUUUUACUGGAACAUAGUAAUUAUAAUAGUUAAGUAAUUAUCUUUCAAAAUCUCAGUUGUAAAAUGCAAGAAUUAAGAAAAGACUAAAGUAUUUUUAUCCUUAUUUCAGAUCAAGUAAAGAUUGUAGAAUUAUAAUAUUACUAUUUAAGAUUCAAGAAGUUAUUAUAGUCGACCAGAAUAGGAAAGUAAUAAAAUUAUAUUGUUGGUAUUAAUUAUAUAGUUACUUAUGAAUACCACCACUAAAUGUCAACUUUACGAAUCUAUAUUGUGAAGCAGUCACACAAUACUCACACUCGACAUAUGAACCGGUUUCGAAUCAUAUAACCGAGACAUUGUCAAAGAUUUCCACUGACCUGCUAAUUAAAGUAUUGGGUACUCACCCAGGUACACACUAAUCUAAAACCUUUUAACAUAAUCGUCAAUGUUAUAAAGAAGAAUUAUUUCUUAAUUGUUGUAUCGAUUCGAAAAGUUCUUUCACCAUUGGGAAGCUUACUUAACAGGUGUAAUUGUUUCGAACUCGAGACAAAAGUAAUUGUUAAAAUAGUUUUAACUUCUAUUGUAAUAAAGUUUUAAUCUUCGUGCAGAAUGGAACAAAAGAAUAUUAUUAAUAGACACAAUUAUUGUAUUGUUUAUAAUAGAUAUAACUAUGAUAGAUAUCUCGCGUCAAGCUAAAUUAACUUGUUAUCAAGGUCACGACUAAGGUCAACUCCGAUCUGCUUUGUAUUUGAUAAAAUUAGUGUCGAUAUUUUCAAUGGUCGUUUUGUUAUCUGAACUUGGACCAAGGCAAUGAUUUAUUAUUAUGCAGAGUUGAUACGCUUUCAUAUUAUCGGCUAUUUGUUUUUGAUAGUAUGAAACUCUAGUUCCAAAAGGCUGAUGAUUCGAUUCCUGUGUUAGGGAUGAUAAAUUAUUUAACAUACAAAACACACUCGGGAAUUGAACGCGCCACAUGGGAGCAAGGCGCUGCGCUCUUGGGCGAGCCGUGCAGUCUCCUAAUGCGGUAUUUUGAAUAACAUUCGAGAAAAACAAAAACAAUGCUCAGUAAUAGUGUAACAGGUUCCGGAGUCUAACUGACCUGAGUAUGUUCAAGGUAAACUUGUCAUUGAAAGGGUCAUGUGUAACACAGAUGUCGGCGAAGAUUUAGCCAAUAUUUAUGUAUACAUAUCGCUAUUUCAUCAAACCUCAAAAUAAAUAUUAGUAUUCAUCAAGUAUAUGUGUAAAGUAUUCUUGUAUUGAAGUUAUCAAUAUUAUUCAAUAUGAAGUGAUGUCAUUGAAGCUGGUAUACUCGUUUUAAUUAAAAUUUAGCUACUAAUAUUGUACAUAAUGAUAAUAAUUUAGUUUUAAAAUAACAAAAGUAUUAAAUCUGCCUCAUAACAUUUAAGUUUAACAUUUUAAUUUCAAAUAAUUUUAUUGCAACUUUACAUUUUGUAUCAUUAUGAAAUAAAAUUUUGUUUUUUGGUUCCUUGGAAUCUUCUUUGUUAUUAUGGGUUUAUGCUUGUUCAUUAUUAGAACUAUACAACAUGUAACUUAAAUAACGCACAUCCUGAAAAUAG